AUUACAAAUAUUAGUUUAAAUCUACAAAAAUAAAAAAAUUAAUUAAAGAUAACCGUAAUGUUUAAGAAUAAAAUAAGCCUUAAGAGAUUUUGUUCUUGUGAUUAAUAAUUAUUUUAAAUUGAUUUAGAAAAUAGGGGUUUAAUUUUUUCUUAAUAUAUUAGUUAUUUUUAAUUUGUAAUUUUAUUUUUGAUUUGGACUUUAAAAGCAUUUUAUUCUCACUUAGUUUAUAUAAAUAUCUCCAAAAAAUAGUUUCUAAAAAAUAUAAUUUAGAAAAUAAAAUAAAUAAACCUUAAUCAGUUCAGGUAUUUUAGUAACACGCCUUGAUUAAUUAAUGUCAGCAUUGUCAGCAAACUUAACGUUGAUUUAAAUCUUCUUUCUUUCUUUCUUGUUGCUGUUAUCACGUGCGAUAUCGCACGUUCGCUUUGUGUCUUUUUCGUGCAGAAGCCGAAGUGUUUUUCUAGAGAUCGUGAAAGCAUAAAGGAGAGAGAGACGAUGUAUAAAAGUUGAUUUAAAAAGUGAACUAUUAACUUAUCUAUUGCUUUUUUUGGUGACUCUUUAAAGAAGAAAAUAAAAUGAAAGAUUACAUCUGCGUGGUCUUGUUGCUAGUAUGCGGAGUAACUUAUUUUCCUACGCAAGUACAAGGUGGCUGUGAAUAUUCGUCAAUAUUUGGAUUCCAAAUCUUUGACGUAGGUAUACAUACGGUUCACCCAUGCGCGCAAGUAACAUGUUAUGAGAAUGGUACAAUAAUUACAAAAAAAUGUCGUGAAUUAAGCAAUCAUUGUACACCAGAUGAACAACUUGUUAGUUACACAUUUGAUGAUAACUUCAAAGACUAUCCAGCUUGCUGUCCAAGAGCUAUUUGUAUGCCUCGUUUAGAUUAACUAUUUUCAAUAUCCACAAAAAAUAACACUGCAAAUCUAAGUGUUUUAUUUCAUUACACUUAAAAUAUUUAAAUCCUUAUUACUUUUUGACCCUUUAGAAACGUGUUAAAUAUAAAAACACAUAAAACACUUUUUUUAAUAACAUUUUAUCCCAA